UUAUAAAAAGUUAACAUGGUAAACACUGGUCUGCUGAUCCUAACUAAUGCAACGAAAGUGUCAAAGAUAUUACCGGUGAUAAAAAAACAUGUAUUGAAGACAUUGUACAUUCAAUAUUUUCCCGAGAGAAAUCUCUUGUUGUCAGGUAAUUACAAGCCUCGAUGGCAAGGGCCAAAAUAUGCCCAGACCAUAUCUCGCAUUUACUCAAUCGCCUCAUCCCACUCACCGAGCUUGGAUGUUCGAGUUCUACUUUCGGGGAUAAAGAAUCCAAGUACCCCUAUCAUAAACACAAAGAAGCCGGUGGAAAUGGUUAUAUUUGAUCAGACCUAUACUAACAACGAUGCAGUUUCAUUUAUACAAGAUUAUCUCGCCAACACCUGCAUGGGGUGCAGUUUUAUAACUUGCGAUGAAAAGGCUGUGGGGAAAAACGAAGAUGAUAUCACGCCGGUAGACGAUCUUCUCUAUAAAAACGUUGUUCUCGGUGGCACAUUUGAUCGACUCCAUAACGGGCAUAAGAUUUUACUUAGUAGAGCAGUUCUCAAAUGCACCCAAAAGCUCACUGUAGGAGUAACAGACACCAACAUGCUGCUUUCAAAAAUACUUUGGGAAUUGAUAGAGCCGACUGAGAAGAGGAUAGAACGUGUGAAAGAGUUCUUGGAAGACAUCGAUCCGUCUUUAGCAUACGAUAUUGUAUCGAUCAAUGAUAUGUACGGUCCUACAAAGGACGAUCCAUCGUUUGAGAUGAUCGUUGUUAGUGAGGAAACGGUGAGAGGAGGUGAUAAGAUAAACGAGGUUCGCGUUAAAAAGGGACUAAACAAAUUAGCCAUGGAUGUUAUACGCUUGGAAGCUGAUCCACACUACCAGGAACACGAGGAAGAAAAAUUAAGUUCUAGCAAUUACAGAAUGCGGCUGCUUGGAACGAGGCUUAAAGAUCCAGUGAUAAAAGACAAGCCAUUAAAGCCGUAUAUAAUUGGUCUAACAGGAGGUAUAGCAAGCGGAAAAUCGUCAGUUGGAGAAAAAUUGAAAAAUUUAGGAGCUGCAUUAGUGAAUUGUGAUAAAAUAGCCCAUGACCUUUAUGCACCUGGAAAGCUAUGUUUUAACAUAAUUGUAGAGAAUUUUGGCAACAAUGUAUUGAACCAAGAUGGAUUCAUAGAUAGAAAAGCUCUCGGGAAAAUAGUUUUCAACGAUAAAGCACAACUUGAAAAACUGAACAGCUUGGUCUGGCCUGCUAUUUUGGACCAAGCGAAGACUGAGAUUGAUGAACUUUACAAGGAGGGAUAUGAGAUAAUUGUAAUGGAAGCCGCUGUUCUCAUACAAGCUGGAUGGCUGUCUGUUUGUCAUGAAAUAUGGACGUGCAUUAUUCCCAAGGAAGAGGCAAUCAAGAGGGUGAUGGAGAGGAAUGGAUUGACCGAAAGUGAAGCAAAGUCACGAGUUGAAGCCCAGCCUAGUAAUACAGAGCAAAUAAAUAGUGCCAAUGUUGUAGUUUCUACAAUGUGGUCGCACAGCGUGACGCAGAAGCAGAUCCAAAAAGCUUGGGAUUUACUAAAAACGUACUUGGCCCGAUACUCUAGCAGCUAACAAAUCAUUCCUUUCAGACGAAUCGUGUAGGCUGUAAAAUUGUUUUUUGUAUUGUCUCUAGUACUUUCAAGUUUGAGACACUAAUGGAACGAGUACAAAAUUUGUUUUGUAAAUACCAUUUCUCUUUUAUUUACAUUUGGCUGUACUUAUAGCAGCUGUACAAAGGAGGUUCCUAGAGCCAAGCUAUCAAAUAGUGUAAGAAACAACGAGUAGUCGAGCUUAUAACCAUGCUCGGUAACAUCGAUUCUACUAUUUUUUGUUAAACUUUUCAUUUAUUCUUGUAAUCGAUUUUCUGUGUAACCUGCGGUAAAACGUUCAUAGUCUACUGGUUCCGAAACAGUGGUGUACUUAUAUCUCGUGAAGGGAUUUCUGUAAACAUGAUAUAGGACGAAAUUGUAACGCAGGAUGAAAGAAAUAAGACUAGAAUCUGAAAAUUUCAGUAAAAAAAUUUGCAUUUAUAGCGAUGCUGUAACAAGACAAAACUGAUAAUGAGUUAAAGAUGCUGGGCUGCAAAUUCAUCGGAUCUUGAAUUGAAAAAUCAUCUUAGUUAAAUUCGCAACAUUGCUUGUAGGUACUCGAGCUCACGAAAAAUGUUUACGCUGCUGACAUCAUCGUUGAAUUUCCAAGUCUGUAUGUUUAGUUAGUAUAUACUUGGAGCAUGUAGUACUGGAGGUAGCAUCUUGAGUACAGAAAGUGUGGCGAAGCAGUGAGAUGAGUGAGAUAAAGCACUUAUGCUAUGUA